AUGUCUACUCGAAUCACAAGAGAGAUCUGCGAGUUUGGCGGCGUGCCCUACUAUUUCUCAUCGAAUCUUUUGAUGAACAUUCUUCAGAACGAGAAAAGUCUCGUCGAGAACGCCACCGACGCGAAGAAAUCGCUCAACCCGGUGGCCGCUUAUAUAACCGGGCUCAGCGACGAAAAGCCGACGCCGUCGCAAAUUUCGCAAAUGAUUCAUUGUGACGAGCAGGACGACGAUGUUAGAAUUCAUUCGGCGAUGGACGCAUUCUUCGUCCUCAACUAUGAGAAGGAUUUCUGCCGACUUGGUGCCAUUUUGGCCGGAAAAGGGGGUCAUCACGACAUUUAUGAAAUCUUAAUGAAACGCGACAACCAAUUUGAUAAACAUUUCUCGCAACUCGUCCUCCAAUCGGCGAUUAAGAAAACGGAUGGCUCGGGAAUUUUGGGAUUCCUUAACCGUUUUUAUCAUUCGAAAACGAUCGAUGAGAAAUUCGAGGCGAUAAUGGACUUGUGCCGCCGCGAUUUGGACUGGGACGCCUACGUUCUUAUAAAGCUUUGCGAAUUGGAAACGCCGGAGAAUCGAGCGGCGGUGGAGGCGAUUCGCGAGAAUACGCUCAUUCGUCUGACGCCGAAAUUUCCCGGUCUUGUGGACAUAAUUCGUAAUGGUCCUAAACUCGAUCCGGAGACGGAAUUCGCCCGACUGAUGGAGCAGCCGAUUGCCGUCGUCGCGAAAAACGCGGCGAUUUCAAUUUAUGAGCGAAUCGUUGCUGAUUUCUCGCAAGAUACUAUGGAGAUUCUCGAAUUGCGUGCCGAUGAGUUCGCCAAAUUGUAUUAUCUCAUUGAUCGCGCGCUUUUGCAAAAAUCACCGGAAUUGCUUCAAGCGAUCUACGAGAGCAUUCCGGAAAACAUUCGCGCGGUGAUGCUCUCUGGACUCGAGAAGGACGUUUUCAAGAACUCCUUGAUUGUCGCUUAUGACAUUGUGCAGGUUUUUUUGGAAUUGCAAGAAGAAGCUCCGAAACAAAAUUUGAACUAUCGCAUGGAGGUUUGGGCUCAAGUUGGCGUUUACCGCGAUUUUGAAAACGUCUGGAGACGCAACGCCAUGACAAAUGUGCUCAGAUCGCUUCGUUUGUCGAUUUCGCGAGUUUCUGACGACAUUUCUUUGCUCCCUGAGAUGAAUAGAGUUGUUCCGGAUUCGCAGAUUCGCAGCACUCUGAAAUUGGCGUUGGAAUUCGCGAUCAAUCUCAUUGAGAAAUUUGGAGUUGAACACCAGAUGCUCAUGCUUCCAACGUCGAAGAUGCUCGAUGAAAAGACGUGCAAUUGUUUGAAAGCAAUCCUCACUGAAAACUCGAAUGUUCCGUUUGUCAAGGACCACAAGUCGAGAAUUAUAAAAGCUCUUUCGAGUCCUGAAAGUACAGAACCCGAUAAUGUGAUUGUGACACCUUCUGGAAUGAAAAUUCACCUUAUCGAUUCGAAAUAUAAUGGAGUUUACGAGCGAGAGUUGGUGGCAUCUGUUUUACGCGAUAACGCGAUGAAAAAGGCGGUUGUUGACGAGAUUAAGGCCACGGAUCAGAAGGUUCUGCUUGUCGAUGAAUUGAAAGAGGAGGCGGAUGAUAUGAAAGAAGAGAUGGAUGAUCCGAAAGACGAAACGAAUAGCAUUGGUGACGGUGUUGUGGUGUCGGCCGUUUUUCAAAAUUCGUCCGGCGAGCAUUGCGUCAAGCAGGCUCCGAAGUUGGCGUCAUUGAAGAUCGAAGCGCAGGAUGAUGGCAGUUGCGAUACGCUCUCGGCGGAUGGAUGGGAAUCGCCGAAGAAGACGAUUCAUGAUACGACGGUGAAAACUCGUGAGAUCUCACCGACGCCGAGUCUCAAAUCGGAAGACGUUGUGAAGACGGACGAGUCUGAUCUUGGAGCUGGAGAUGGACCAGUUGCGUCGAAAACACAGUCGCAGACGUCUGAUCUUCCGCCGCCAAGCACCAAGUUCAAUAGCAGCGGUUUUGGUGGUGCCGCGAAAUUUGGAUCGUUUGGUGCCAGCGCUGGUGGUGGAUUUGGCAGUGGACAAGGUCGCGGCACCAGCGUUGGCGGUGGAUUCCGUAGCGGCGGUUAUGGCAACGAUGGUGGCAAUCGAGGAUUUGCACCACGAGGACGCGGCAGCGGUGGUGGCAAUGGUGGUGCGCCGCGUGGUGGAUACGCUGGCGGUGGAUUCAACAAUAGAUAUUAA